AGCUCACCUGCAACAAGUUUUAGCCAAAGCUAGCUGCCAAUAUGGUGGUCACCACCAUGACCCAUCACAGGCCACGGCCAGUAGUGUUGCAUCUGCUCAUACAAAUCCACUUUGUAGUCAUCGUGUGCUCGCUUCGCCCUUCGUCAGCUGGUGGCAACCACACCGUUGCCGUGCCGCCAUUGUUCCCGUGCCUGUCUGACCAGGCAUCGGCACUGCUCCGGCUGAAACGGUCGUUCGCCACCACCAACGAGUCCACCAUGGCAUUCCGGUCAUGGAGGGCCGGCACGGACUGUUGUGGCUGGGCAGGUGUCCGCUGCGGCGACGCCGAAGGCCGCGUGGCUUCCCUUGACUUGGGCAACUGCAGGUUAGAGAGCGGAGGCCUCGACCCUGCACUUUUCGAUCUGACCUCCCUUGAGAACCUGAACCUUGCCUACAACGACUUCAAUGGGUCACAGCUCCCAUCGAGUGGGUUUGAGCACCUCACCAAGCUCACCCAUCUCAACCUCUCUAGUUCUAGCUUUUCUGGACCGGCGCCAACCAGCAUCGGUAGCUUGACAAAUCUGGUAUCCCUCGACCUCUCUACUGGUUUUGAAACUACUGAGCUACUCUCUAAUGGUUAUGUGUUGCACGUAGAUUCAAAUUUAGGCUCUCGACUCAUAGUGCAAAACAUUGAGACCUUAAUCGCAAACCUUAUCAAUUUAACGAAGCUACACCUUGGACGGGUGGACCUGUCCAACAUUGAGACGCACUGGUGCAAUGUCCUAGCCAAGUCCUGUCCAAAACUUCAGGUUCUUAGCUUACCAUACUCUCGUCUCUCCGGUUCUAUUUGUAGUUCACUUCAUAGCUUGCACUCCCUUGUUGUUAUUGACCUACAAUAUAAUUAUUUGUCAGGUCCAAUCCCAGAUUUCUUGACCAACUUCUCCAAUUUAAGUGUUCUCCAACUUAACCAUAAUAACUUUGAGGGAUGGAUCUCAUCGGCAAUCUUUGAACACAAGAAACUAGUAACAAUUGAUCUUCACAUCAAUUAUGAAAUUUCUGGUUACUUGCCAAAUUUCUCAACUAGUAGUAAUUUGGUCAAUCUGAAUGUUGGUAGAACCAAUUUAUCGGGUAUAAUACCAGCUUCAAUUGGCAAUCUCAUAUCCUUGAGGAAGCUAGGCCUUGGUGCGAGUGGGUUUUUCGGACAGAUACCCUCAUCAAUCGCUAAUCUCAAAUCCUUGAGUGCAUUAGAGAUUUCUGGAAAGGGAAUAAUAGGGUCCAUACCAUCAUGGGUUUCAAACCUAACAUCUUUGACUACUCUCCAAUUCUAUGAUUGCGGCUUAUCAGGAUCACUACCUUCUUUCAUAGGUGACUUGAGGUAUUUGAGAAAUUUAGCGGUGUCCAACUGCAACUUUUCAGGACAAAUUCCACCAUAUAUCUCAAACUUAACACAAAUGCAAAUAAUAUUGCUAAAUUCAAACUAUAUCUCCGGCACGAUGGAGCUUACCUCCUUUAGGAAAUUUCCAGAUCUUAUUGCCUUGGAUCUCUCUGAUAAUAAUCUAGUUGUGGUAGAUGGACAAGAUAACUCUUCACUUGCAUCGUUACCCAAAAUCGCACACUUAUCUUUAUCAGGUUGCAACAUGUCUGAAUUCCCGAAUUUUUUGAGGCACCAAGAUGAAAUCGGUUCGAUCGACCUUUCAGAUAACCAAAUCCACGGGGCUAUACCGCUGUGGGCAUGGGAGACUUGGAAAGAUCUUUUCUUUCUGAUCCUAGCGAAUAAUAAAUUUACUAGUAUUGGUUACUCCCCUUUUCUUCCUCCACAGAUAGAGGUUUUAGAUCUUAGCAACAACAUGUUUGAGGGGGCCAUACCAAUACCUCAUGGCUCUGCAAUAAUGCUCGAUUACUCAAACAACCGGUUCUCAUCAGUUCCUUCUAACUUCAGUUCUCAUCUUAGUGAUGUUACCCUCUUUAAGGCUUCUAGGAACAACUUAUCUGGAGAAAUUCCAUUGUCCUUUUGUGCUGGAACGAGUAUACAACUCCUUGAUCUCUCUUACAACAACUUCAGUGGUCCAAUCCCUUCUUGUUUGAUGGAGAAUGUUAAUGGGAUGCAGUCAUUAUACUUAAACAAAAAUCAAUUGCACGGGGAGUUCCCAGACAAUAUCAAGGAAUACUGCUCUUUUGAGGCAUUAGAUGUCAGUGGCAAUUGGAUUGAAGGGCAGUUGCCAUGA